CUAUGGCUAUCUACUGUCAAUGUCAAUGUAAUUUUGACAGCUUUAUGUCACGUCAUAUUUUUAUUUUGAUUACAUCUCAAAAAAGUCGGCAAAAUAUUUUGAAAAAUACUAUUUCCGACGUGUCUUAUUAGAAAAUGGAUUUAAAAACGUUUGGUGAGGAUAAUUUUGAUCCUAAACAGUGGAUAAAUAAAGCAUGGAGCUCCAGUGGCAACCAGGAAAAGGAGAUAUUUGUAGCGAAUACAGUAUCAAGAUUGCAGCUGUAUAUGAAACAGUUGACCAAUGCGUUGGAUGAAACCACUACACAGAUAGUGACAUCGAUCCCCCGAAUCCUACAAGAUGCAUCGUCCCUCCAGCUUGAGGGUGCCAUGCUGCAGCAGAAACUGUUGUCUCUAGAACAGAAGGUCCAGAGUGUUGAGGAGCAGACCGGACACUCCAUCGAGAGUCUACAGAAGAUAGAUACGUUGAAGAGCCGGCUUGAAAAUGCUGCCUCGGCUCUCCGCGAAGCCGACAAGUGGGCGGCGCUGGCUACUUCUUUAGAAGACAUAUUGGAGUCUGGAGUGCCGACCCAGGGCGACAAGUUGGGUGAACUGGCUGAACAAGUGGCUGCUAUGACCGCUAGUCUUGAGGUACUAAGUGAUGCUCCGGAUUAUGAGAAUAAGCGUCUACAAUUGGAGACUCUCUAUAACAGACUCGAAGCGGCCAUCAGCCCGCCAUUGAUCGAAGCUCUCACUCAAAUGGAUGCCGAUCGCACAGCGACGUACGUGUCUCUGUUCGCGGGUAUGGGUCGCACGGUGUCGGUGUCGCGGUGUUGGCGGCGGGCCGCGGCGGCGCGCCUGUCUGCCGCGUGGAGGAGACUGGACUCACACACCCUGGCUGCACUCAAUCGGAUGCUGUCCAGCGAGGCUGGGAAGCAGGUGGAUUGGUUGACGAAUGUACUGAAGUCGGAAACUCCUGUGACAGAAUUGAUACGACUCUACACGGAUUUGUUGCUCUCCUUGGAUCCUUCGCCUACUAAGGUAGUUUCAGCUAAUUUAAAGUUAUGUUCGUCGUCUGACGAAGGGAUCUUGCUAUUGACGGAUUUGAGGACGGAUAUAGAUGAUUUUGUAAACUGCAUACAAAAUAUACUGGACGCGCCGCGACAGAAUAAAGAGACAGUCACACCUAGUAUAAUCCGUGACUUCGCUCGGGCUGCGUACGCGCCGCUUAGAGAGCUCCUACCAAAGUAUACGGAGUUACAAACAAGACUGUUUCUUGAUUACUUGAAUGAUCCACAAUUGAAUCAGGAGGAUCUUCUAGAGCUAUCUAGAAGUAUACUGACGGUAUCGGAGCGCUGUGAGGGCUGGUUGUCCACCGCCUUCAGCAAAGUCAAGAGGAUCGCCGGAGAGGCUCUCUACGCCGUGUAUAUGCCGGCAGUAGAGAACUUCGCGUCAUCCCUAUCGAACCUGAUAGCAGCGCACAGUCGUCGCAUCGAGUCUGCCUUCCUAUCCUCAGCGUCAGUGGGGCAGGUGACCGGGGUCCUGUCCAACACCUUCCCAGCCUCCCUGAUGCUGCAGACUGCUGCAGCCAAUAUCCUCGCUGCGUUGGCCGAAACUAGGGAUGUUGAAGAAUCGAAAACUGAAGAUCCAUUACAUGACCUACCAACCUUACUCUUGGAUCCUGAGGUGAGACAGAGGCUCGCCUCCUUCAGGGCGGAGCCCCCGGCCUCCGCUGCGGUCCUCAGACGCACUAAGGAUCAGCUCAGGAACCUAGCCAGAGUCAUAUUAAGGAAUCCUAUUGAUGUACAGCUAGAUAAAAUACCACAGUUAUCAGUAUGGAAUAACAACGACGCCCUCUCUACUGAUCUCCCAGACUUCGCGUUAUCACCACAGGAGUAUAUCACCGAGAUCGGUCAGUACCUAAUGACGUUGCCGCAGCAUCUUGAAAUGCAUUUGUCAGAGAAACAAGCGCCUUUGCAGUUUUUGUCUGAGGUAUGCACACACACAUGCGAGGUGUAUGCUGAGAAAAUUCUAAACAUACGCAAUAUGGACGCUUUGGGAACGAAACGGUGUCUCAAUGAUAUUGUAUACCUAUCAAGCGUGGUAGAAGAUUUGGGAAGUACCAUAACACCGUCUUUGAAGAACCUGGAGAAGUCACUAAGAGCUGCUGCGCCUAGCCAACCUGCUGAGUAACGGAUUUUUUAUAGUAUAAGCCGGUAAACGAGCAGACAGAUCACCUGAUGGUAAGCAAUCGCCGCCGCCCAUGGACACUUGAAACACCAGAGGCGUUACAAGUGCGUUGCCGGCUU